UUGGAGCCAGUGUGAUUGAUAAAAUAUUUACAAUUAUGAAAAUAAACAGCAAGAAGAUGAAGAUACAGGAAUUCCUACUUAACAUACAACAUAUCGGGCAGGCUAUAUUUGUAAGGGAUUCUCAGGACCAAGACUCCGGCCAUCAGUGGCUCAGGCAGCUCCUUGAGAACGGAAGUACAAAAGAAGUAUACAGCAGCACCAGACUUAAUUGUUUGAAGAGAGAUGCUUCUUAUUAUGGAAUUAGUCUUGCCUUAGACCAGAUUGCUAAAUCUCUCGGGACUGAGAUUGAUGAAGUCAAAAGAGGAAAACUUUUCUUUAUAAAGGACAAGAAAGGCGAAUACUGUGUUGAAAAAGUCUCAGUAAACAGGAUUGAGUGAAAUUGCUCAUUCAAUAGAACUCAUGAUUCAUUCUGAUCACAUAUUUAUUCAGUGCUUCAUCAUAAGGGUUACGAGAUUAACAAUUUUGAGUGUCUGAAUCAUCAAUUUAAGCAUUGUAAGACUAAGUAUCCAUCAUUCUUCACAGUUGUCAGAGAGAAUAAGGUUGCUCCAAAGUCAAGAAGGAGCGGAGAUAAAGCAGCUAGGAAGAAAGAGAAGGCUCUGACAGAAGCCAACCUGUCUAAACUUGGAGAAGAGACUGUCCAAGAGAAGAUGAGAGCUAGAGAAAAGGAUAUCCUUAGAGAUACCUCGAACUCCUUACCUAAUAUUGAUCCAAAAGAUAUUUCUGUCAAAGGCAAGAAGAGGAUAGUCAAAGAGAUGAUGAAGGGAGUUGAAAAGGAUGAUUUCAUCUCUGGAACAAAAUUAUCUGAUGAAGACUCAAAACCGAACCUUCAGGAUGAACUUCUUGAAGCAGUUAAUUAUGACAAGCAAGAUAAUGUCCUGGAUCAAUCAAGAGCGCAAGAAUGCAUCAAAAAGGUUAUUAAUUACAGAUAAUUUCAAUAGUUUGGUACAAUUUU